GGAAAUAUUUUUGGCAUCAUUUUUUCUUAUCACCUUGUUUAUGCUUUGCUAUUCCUUAUUUUUUGUUAUUUUAUCUUUUUUUGUUCUUCUGUCUGCCUUUUAUAAUUUUUCUUUAUUCUUUUUGUUUCUCAAUUGUUUGUAUUAAUGUCCAGCUCUAGUAUCAGUUUAGAGAGUACUCCAACUCCAGCUCUCAAGCUUAAGACUUUUCCAAACGACCUUGGUUUCGAUGAUAAACCAGAUAAUAAUUUCAAUUCAAAGGGUCUGGAUGAUAUUUGCCUUGAAAAUGUCGACGAUAUUAACAAUAGCUAUUUUAUGCAAAAUGGGACUAGUAAUCUUGAUCAUGAAAUGCAAAAUGAAAAUUCUGUCAGAAAACUUCCUCUGAUUCAAGAUCUUAAUUCAUCGCCUUGUUCUUUUAAUACAAGUAUGAAUAACAUGAAAAUAGUAUCUUCUUCAACUUCUUCAACUUCUUCAAAAUCUUCAAAGUCUUCAAUUCAAAAAAAGAAAACAUUGAAAACUAGUAACAGUCAUAACGCUUUAAAAUCUGUCAAUAAAAAACUAUGUAGAAAAAGUAUGGUCAAUGAUAAACAAAUGUCAAGGAUUUCCAGCCAGCUAGAUUCUGCUUUACAACAGCUUUAUUCUGCUUAUGAUGAAAUUGGUUACUUGAAUGAAGAAAAAUUCGAAAAAGAAAAGGAUUUAUAUGAUCAAUUAUCUAAGACAAUAUUAAAAAAUGUUCAAUUGUUCAACGAUCAGAAAAAUUUGUUAAAGAAUAAUUGCUUUAUUUUACAACAAAACAUCUUUAAAAUUAUUAAAAUUCUAUCGAAGCUGGGUUUGAAUUUAAAACCUAGAAAUUUCACUGAUAGCAUCAAUAAUCCAAAUGAGAAUCCAAAUAAUAAUCCAAAGAAUAAUCCAAAUAACAAUUCAAAUAAUGAUUCAAAUAAUAAUUUUGACUCAACUCAAAACAAAAAUCAAUUACAAUCAAACUCACAAUCUCAAGAUCAAGCCCAACCUCAAACCCAAACCCAAUACCAUAACCAAUCUAAUACCACAACCUCAAGUUCAACUUCUUCUAAUAAUCUUUUAAAUACACUUAAAUCUCCCUUUCAAAAUGAAAUAAUAUCUAUCGACGACAUUCUAUCUGAUAUAAGUGAAGUCAACAGUAUUCUUCAAAUAAUUCCUAAUUAUAAUUCCUUGAAAACCUUUAUAUUAAAUGAAAUUUCUUCUCCUUAUCUUAGCACAGAAAAAAAAUUAAUUUUUUCCUUAAAACUAUUAUCAAAAGAAUAUUUUACAAGAAUUUUAUCCUUUCUUAACAAAUCAUUAAUCUUACAUCAAUCAUCUCAUGAAAUCGAUUACUAUCUAUCUUCUUCAAAUGGCUCAAAUUUCGAUUCAGAUACAAUCCAAUUCAUCCAAAAAUUGCCAAAUUUAAAUGAAUGCAAAAAUUGUAUAUAUGAAUUGGAAAAAAUUAAUAUUGAUAAUGAUGAUUUGAUAUUAAAAAUUUCAGUAAAUUUGUUAAAUUCAAAUAAUUUUAACAACUUAUCUGAUUGGAUCUUUGAAAAAAUCGACAAUGAAAUCGAUUUAAUUAAUUCUGUCAAACUAGAAAAAAUUAGAGAAAUUAAUUACUUAUCAAAUGAAAUACUAAAAUACUGGGAAAUUUUAUAUGAUUUUAGCUCCUUCUCUCCUCAAAGAGAUAUAAGAGCAAAAAAUAUUUCUCAAAAAUUUAAAUAUAAUAGAAUCGGUGAAUUUAAUGGUGAAUUAGAUAAAAGAAUUAUUUUGUGCGCUAAAAAUCCAAACAAUUCUUUUUCGAUGCUUGGUUUAAACCACAGUUCAAUUAAAUAUUUGAAAAAUAUUCUUAAAAAAUUAAUCAUCGAAAAAUCCAAUGCAGAAAUAAAAUUAAAUGAUUAUCUUGCUUCAUGUGAAAAAUUAUGGAAACAAGUAUUCGAAGAUGAAAAUUAUAUUAAAACCUUUAAAUCAAACUACCUUUAUUUAAAUAAUUCAAAUGAUAAAUCCCAAUUCAAAUUAACAACUACCACACUUAAAGCAUUUAACGAAGAACAAGAAAGAUUAAUCUUGAAAAAAAAAAAUUUAAUAAAAGACUUGAUUUUAAAUUUCAGAAGUAAAAUAAUCAAAAUCUGGGAUCAACUACAUUACACUAAGGAGGAAAGAUUGGAGCAAUUUAGUUUAAUUGAUAAUACAACUGAGUAUAAUGAUAAAACUCUAGACUUGUAUGAAGCCCAAUAUGAAAAAUUAAACAAAACUCUAGGGUAUUUUAAACCAAUUCUCGACUUAAUUCAAAAUUUAACCAAAAUAAUUGAAGAUAAAAAAGCUUUAGAAGAAUCACAACAAAACUCUUCCCGAUUAUUAAAGAGAAAUUACUCUAAAAUUUUACUCGAAGAAGAGAAAAUGAGAAGAAAUAUUAAUAAAAACUUGCCCAAAGUAAUUUAUGAAUUAAAAUCUAGACUAAUUGAUUAUAAGAAUCAAAACCAUCAAAAAGACUUUUUAUUCGAUGGCAUCAAUUACUUAAAUAAAGUUUUGGAAAUUGAAGAUGGUCUAAAAAUUAAAUCUGUUGUUAAAUCAAAUUUUUCUAAGAAAAACAUUAGCACUAGCAUAAACCAACUCAAACCAGUGAUAUCUCAACCUUCUUCAACAAGAAAAGUUCCAAACUCAUCAGGUAGAAGACCAAAAAAUAUUGCUAUAUUUAACUCGUCAACGAUCAAAUUAUCAUCGAUAAGAAAUAACAAGACAAGAUUGGUGCACUCUAAUAAAAGAAACAGUAACGUCAAAAAUGCAUCACCAUUAAGAAACACCGUGAAAAACUUUUCUGCAAACAUUUCACCAAUUAAAGUUCAAAAUGACAGUUCAAAAAGAAAUUCCAAAAUACAAACAAUACAAACAAUACAAACAAUAAAGGCUAGUUCACCAAUCUCAACACCAAGAAAAGCUUUAAGUGUCUUGCAGCAUAACACUUAUGAUUGUAAUAAAGCAUUGUUUUCAAGUCCAGAUAAAUUGAAUAAAACUCCAACGAGUUUGAAAACCAUAGACAUUUUUGUUGAUAAACCAAAAGUUACUCCAACAAGUCAAAGAUUUUAUUCUCGGUCAGCUGAAAAUGAUAAUGAUAAUAAAGAAAACUUUGAGCCAGAUGACAUAUAUUUCAAUAAUCAAAUUUCAGAUUCAAACUCAAGUUCAAAAUCCAAAAGCAAAGACAGGAGGUUGUCUGCCAUUGAUAUGAUAAAUGAAUCAAUUAUAGAAGAUGAGCAAAGUUUUAUUACCUGGCAGAAUAAUAAACUAGAUCAUUUAAAUAAAAAAACAACUUCGAAUUCUGGUGACGGCAAUAUAUUAUGCAAUUAAGUAAUCU